UCCCUCCAACCAUCCAUUCUCCGUCGCGCCUCGUCAGCCGGCACGUCAUAUAAAGGCCCGACGCGCGCAUCCCAGUUUUAUCGUAAUUCCCAAAAUACCCUCAUCCUCCCCCACCCAUGAACAAUAUAUAUACUCAUUAUUCUUCUUUUAUUAUCAUUGCGAAGAGUUUCACCGGCAUUCUCUCUAGCCGCCGGCUCCUCAAAACCCGAGCGACUCAGCGGCCUUCGCCAAUCAACUUCCGCCGUGUGAUUCAGAUCGGUUAGGUUACUUUACCCUGCGCAUGGUUGCUUCUUUGAUUCCCUUCUCGUCAUGGCGGCUACUGCAACUCAGCGAGGUAAGUCCCAAUCUAACCUUCUUCAUGGCGAUUUCUCAUCGCCGGUUUUGAAGACAUGGGGAAACCAGAGAUUUAUCCGGUACGAUGGCGUGGAGGGGAAAGAAGAGGGAGUUGCCGGAGAAUACAGAUCGGCCUUUCCGGCGCCGUCGCCGGUGAGGGUUUUUACCCAGCGACUCCCUCGGAUUGGAGCUCCGAAGGUUGACUACAUCGAAGACGAUUGUGGGUUGGAGGAGCUCAGGGAAAAGCUGAUGGGACACCUUCGGGAGGCCGCCGACAGAAUGAAACUUGAUAUUCCUCCGAUCAAACCGGCCGGCGCAACGGCGAUGGAGCAGGGGCCGUCGUCCUCCGCUUUUGAGACGGCGAUCCCGUGGACUCUAAGAACGAGGAGGGUUCCGAACAUCCGACUGAGAACGGUGGCGAGUGGGAAGAAGGAGAAGCACAAGUUCUCCAUCUCGCUUUCGAAAGAGGAGAUUGAAGAGGAUGUAUUUGCCCUAACUGGAUCUCGGCCUCGCCGCCGGCCAAAGAAACGGCCGAGGGUUGCUCAGCGGCAGCUCGACGCGAUUUUUCCGGGAUUGUUGUUGUCGGAGAUCACGCCGGAGACGUACAGGGUUCCGGAGUAAAUUUUCGCCACGGAGGAGUUCUUGUCACCGCCCGGUAAUCAUAUCUCGGCCCCCUUUUCUGUGGAUCAAUAUAUAAAGCAAUUAGGAUUGUUUCCGAACUGUUCUUCUAUGUUGAAGAAAACAGUAAUGCUCUAUCGCUUGCAUUCGAAAUUCUCGGAAUGUUUAUUUUUAUUUUUAUUUUUAUUCUGCUAAACUAUUUUCUUAU